UUUUUAUCAGCAACCUCCCCUAAGGGUUUGAAACCUUGAAUUCGUGGUGGCUUUUGGAGCGGAGCGGAAGAAGAUGGCCGCAUCGAAUUACGAAUACCCAAGGCUCCAGCGGCCGGAAAUAGUCGCAAUCUUAGCGCAGUUUCAGAUUGCCAAUGUGACGGAACAGGAACUCGCCAAACCCAACCCUGACUUGGUCUCCGAGCUCUACACCCGCGUCCUCUUCCACCUCGGCAUUCUCCUCGAAGAAGACAACGAGCAACUCGACUUUGACGCCCUAGAGCAUCUUGAAAAUCCUGAUUUCCACGUUGAAUCCGUUCGCGCCGUCAUACUCUUCAACAGGAUAAAGGAGGUUCUCGCAGACAUCGAAUGCCCUGGCAAAUUCACCUUCGCCGAUCUCCUUGCGCCGGAUUCUCACCGGACAGACAUCUUCCUCGGCGCUCUUCUCAAUUUCUUCCUCUACAGGGACACGAAAAUGAACACAGUGUCUGAGAGCGUGAACGAAUUUAACGCUCUGGAGUUGCAGCAUGAGGAGUUGGAGAGCAAGAUGCUGCAUUUGAAAGGGGAGAUUGCGGAAUGCAAUGAGGCGAGGGAGAGAGAAAUGCCUCUUGUUCAGGAGGAGGCGGCGAAAGUUAACGAGCUGAAGCAAUCGAUUGAGGCGCUGAACAAGCACCAGAGUUCGUUGAGGAGUACUUUGAAGAAGUUGAAAGAUAGGACUGCGGAAAUGGAUCAGAAGAUUUCUAAUGCUGAAUUUACAUUGGUACAAAACGUUCAAGAAAAUGCAAAUCUACGUUCAAAAAUUGCCCAGUCACCUGAUAAAGUACAGAGAGCUUUAGAGGAAAAAAAAUUAGCUCGAGAGGAGGCAAGGAACGCUAAAAGUUUAGCAAGGCAAGCUUUUCACGAGAAGACUGCCCUCGUUGAAGUUUUUUCCAAGGUGUAUAAGAAAAUGUCAAAACACUUCAAGCUGAUGCAGGAUAUACAAGAACAGGUAAAUUCUGGUAAAUCUAUUGAAAAAGAACUUAAAACAUUGAAAGCUAAACUUAGCGAUGAAGAAAUGUUGGAGAAGUCACUUGAGGCCAGACUGGUUGAAAGAAAAAGUAAAGUUGAGCAGAUGGAAGAACUAAUGAAGCAAACGGAGAAAGAGUGCAAUACUAUGCGGGACGAAGCAACUAAAUAUUUAAGCAGUACAAAAUCAGAGGUGGAAUCUAAGUCUUUUUCUAUGGAAAUGAGGCAGAGAAAUGUGGAGGCUGUGCUAUCUGAGGCCGACGCAAUAAAUAGUAAAAUUGCAUCAGAAAAAGAAUCUGCAGCAGUUGAAGUGGAGCGGUUAUGCCGCAAAUGUGAAGAGUUAGUGGAAGCGUUUCACAAGUAUGCAAAUCCGAUUGCAGAUGUGAUUGAAUCUGGGCAAAAAGGACUCGAGGCCGCUCAAGUGGGUUGAUCUGACAUUUGAGUUUCAGUUUAGUGACACUUACUCUGGAUAGCAUAACAAAUCCUUUAGAAUUUUCUUAAUGGUUAUGCCUUAGUCACAUCACCAUCUUGCUGCAGAAUAGUUUAACCAGUGCUGUCUACAACUCUGGAUUGCUUAUUUAGUUAUGGUGAUUGUGUUUUUUAUGUGCCA